GGACGAUCCAACAACGACAGACGCAACAUAUCUACACCAAGGAGACAAGCAAGAGGUUGCCAUGAGAACCACAACAGCAUUAGGCGUGCUGGCCUUCAUAUUCAGCAUCAAAGUGAACUCAGCCGUAGACCUGAUCAAAAAUGGUAAUGGAUGGCAACAAGGAGCUGAAUACAUCACACCAUUCAGAGUUCAAAUCACUGCUAAUGAAGACAAACCUGCCUCAUACUGGAAGAUGAUUGUGAAAUUUAACAAGCCUGUGACAGCAAUCACUAAAUGGACAACAAACACUGCAAAGGCUAAUACUGAUGGUACCAGAUGGAAACUGUUUGACCAAUAUAAUACAGCCUACCACAAUGAUCAGAUCAUAAGCUUCGAUAUUCAUGUCACAUCUGCAGAAAGUGGUGUGACUGGAACUGUCUGGUGGAAAAAUGGUCCAGCUGAAUCUGAUUCACAAACCACAACUCAAUCAACGACCCAAGGAACAACCCAAUCAACAACCCAGGGAACAACCCAAUCAACAACCCAGGGAACAACCCAAGGAACAACCCAAUCAACGACUCAAGGAACAACCCAAUCAACAACCCAAGGAACAACCCAAUCAACAACCCAAGGAAGCUCAGUCACAUGUAAUGACUGGCAGAAUGUUGUUUUGGGAAAUACAUGGGAUGGUGGACUUGAGGCGUAUGUUAGGAUUAGCAACCAUUACAACUUUAACAAUGGCUAUUCAAUUCACUUGACCAGCAACAAAGAUAUCUAUGCUUUUGAGCAAUGGGAUGGUGGGGCAACUUGCACAAAGGAUGGUAACACAGUCAGGAUGCAUUACAACAGUGCAAACUAUGAGCACAAAUUCCUUGUCAGAUUUGACGCAAGUAUUGACAAGAACUCAAUCAGAAUCUGUGCAACUGUUAAUGCAAAUGAACUGGCGAAUGGUGGAUCUUGCGAUGGUAGCUCAAGCGGUGGUGGAUCAGGUGGAUCAACUGGAGGGGCUUCCUGCUCAGGAUCCGAUGACAAACCAACUGCAGAUGAUUAUUUGACUGUCAUCGAAAUGUCAAUUAAAUUCUACGAGGCCCAGAGAUCUGGAAAACUUCCCGCUAAUAACAGGAUCGCUUGGCGUGGAGACUCAGCUCUAGAGGAUAAAGAUGGCAGUCAUGACCUCACAGGUGGAUGGUAUGAUGCUGGAGAUCAUGUGAAGUUUGGAUUCCCAAUGGCUUGGUCUACAACAACCCUUAUUUGGUCAAUGCUUGAGUUUAAAGAUGGAUAUGGAGACCAAUGGGGAUGGGCCUUAAAUGAGGUGAAGUGGCCCUUGGACUACUUCCUCAAGUGUCAUGUGAUUGAGAAUGGCAAAACACAAAAGUUCUAUGGCCAGGUUGGAAAUGGUGGCCUUGACCAUGGCUAUAUGGGACCUCCAGAGAAGAUGACCAUGAAUAGACCAAUCUACUCUAUUGGACCUGGGAAAUGUGGAUCAGACCUGGCAGCAGAGACUGCUUCUGCAUUGGCAGCUGGUUAUCUCCUCUUCAAAGAUACUGAUGAAUCGUAUGCAAACACACUUCUUGAGAAUGCCAAAGCCCUAUAUGAGUUUGCUGACACCUGCAGAGGCGUUUACUCAAGUUCCAUCUCUGAUGCCAGUAUAUAUUACAAUUCUUGGAGUGGAUUUGCGGAUGAGCUGAAAUGGGGAGCUGCAUGGUUGUAUAAAGCCACUAAUGACGCUAGCUAUAAAAGCAAGGCAUUGGGAUGUACAGCCAAGGAAGAAUAUUCUUGGGAUGAGAAAUGCCCAGGUGUAACUGCACUGUUGGCAGAAGAGGAUAGUACCCAGAAGGCUACACUCAUGCAGUUUGCUGAUGCAUGGGUAGGAAAAUCUAAAACACCUUGUGGAUUGGUGUGGCUCAGAGCUUGGGGACCUUGCAGAUACUCUGCUAAUGCUGCCUUCAUUGCACUGUUUGCCAGUAAAUAUGCAGACUCUACCACUGAUGCCUCAAAAUACCAUGACUGGGCUGAGGGCCAGAUCAGUUAUAUGAUGGGCUUUGGAUCCAAAAUGAGCUUUGUGGUUGGCUUUGAUCACACAGGAGGCAAUAACUACCCAGAUAGACCUCAUCACAGAGGAAGCUCUAGUACAUAUGACCAAAAUGGAUUCACGUUUGAAAACGAUGCCUCAAAACCCAACCCCAACAUUCUUUAUGGAGCUCUCGUAGGCGGUCCUGAUCAGAGUGAUAACUUCCAGAAUGAUAGAAUGGAUUAUAUUCAGAAUGAGGUUGCGUGCGACUACAAUGCUGGCUUCCAGGGUGCCGUCGCUGGUCUAAGAAAGACAAAGCUUGGUCUAUAAUGGUUAAAAUACAAGAUGCAUGUUGGCAGGAACUUAGUGACGAAGAUGAAACAAGUUCAACACCAU